UAUAUAAAUUGAUUUUUUAGACAAUAUGAACGCUACCAGAGUUAUUCUCCGUAACUUCAGCUCUACAGCUCGUAAGAAUAUUAAGGAUGUCGAAGUAGACCUUCCAGCAAGCUACGCUAAGCUGAAGCAGAAGCAGAAGUUGUUCCAGAUCGACAACGGGCUCAGAAUUCACGAGAGGGGAGGAGCCAUGGAUAAGGUCCUGUACAACUUCUCAACCCUUCUCUGCAUCGUCGGCGGAGCCUUGUGGGCUAAGAACGUUUACACCAUGGCCUUUCCCCAGAAAUAAAUACUUAAUCAGAGAUUUACUGAAAUUAGUAUUCAUAUGUAAAGUAGUCGAAAGGGUUUAAAUCUCAAUAUCAUCUCGAGGUUUUAUUUAAUCCUUGAUAGUUCAUUGACCUGUAUAUUUAUUUGAUUAAUUGACCAAGUGUUGAUUUAUUAAGAUCAAAUUAAGACCUGAGAACGAUGUUUCAGA